AUGGCCCCCAGCAAGAAAUGCCUUCAUCGUGAGCUCACUGUUGAAGUGUCCCCGCACGCGGAUGAGGCCGGCUUCGAACAACUAGACUGGAGGCGACGAUUUGCUGCAACGAUCCCGUCUGGACGUGCUCCACCUAAGGAUCGAGCAGCCUCCAAACCAAGUGGUAAUGGUGCUCCUCAGGGCCAAGAUGCAAGCGCACUUGCAUCUUUGUUUCCUGCGCCGCUGGUUCUUCCAGGAGAUGAGCUAGCUCUAGACCCAACCAGCCCGGCCCAGAGCCUGGCCUCUUGGCUGAGAGGCACGUAUCGCAACAAAUUCACCCCCGAACGGAAGACGCUGUAUGUCGCCAAUGUACCAGCCGUCUCUCAAGAAGUUCGUAUGGUGAGCCAGUGGGCACAGCCUGAACUUGCAGGUAACGAUGAGGCGACAAAGGGAAAGGCGGACGUUCCGGACCAUAUCAAGGCGCCCAAGCCGGACGAUGUAAGGGAGUACCUCGGCGCCUUUUACCACGGGCUUCCCGUCAAGAAGUUCAGUCAGACACUCGAGUUCACGGCGUGGAAAUCAGGGGACAAACGUCGAGCCAAGAAGGACAGCGCGUCGUCCUUUAUCGGCCUCCGCUGCGGAUCAUCCUGCACCCGCAUCAGGACGAGGCCUUGCCCGGACGGCACGUUUGCGCAGCAGCUCAACCUGAACGACAUCCUAGACGCCGCCAUCGCAGCCCUGCCCGACGACGCCUACGCGCUGCUCUUCCUGGUGGACCACGACCUCUACGAGGACGAGGACGACGACUUCUGCUGCGGCCGCGCAUACGGCGGCAGUCGCAUCGCAGUCGUCUCGUCCGCACGAUAUAACCCGACACUCCUGCUGUGCAGCGCACACGACAGCAUCGACCUGGACCACACAUGGCCAGCAUCUCACUGCCGGUCCUACGUCGCACGGCUGUGCGGCUCCGCCGCGCCGCGCGCGACCGCCCCGCGGGGCAAGAAGCGCCGCCUGGACGAGCACGAGGACAAGGCCGUGGCCUCCCCGCUCCACGAAGCCGUCCGCGCAGGCAGCAGCGUCGCCGCUCACAAUUCUGACCCCGGCUCCUCCCUCGCCGGGCUGUGGCUCUGCCUGCUGGCGCGCACGGCCUCCCACGAGCUGGGCCACUGCCUCGGCAUCGCCCACUGCUCCUACUACGCGUGCGUGAUGCAGGGCACCGCCGGCAUGGCCGAGGACUGCCGGCAGCCGCCGUACCUGUGUCUGGUCUGCCUCAAGAAGCUCACGCACGCGGCGAGGGAGGCGUCCGCGUCGCCGGCUGGCUUCGACGAGACGGGGUAUGUGGUUGAGACGUACCAGGCUCUGGCCGGGUUCUGUGAGAAGUGGAAGCAGGUCAGCAUGCUCGCAGGCUACAAGGCCUGGCUGGAUGGCAUGGUGGGCCGGCUGCGGGAUGGUUCGAUCAAGUUGUGA